GUCACAGUCAAACUUAACAUCAAUGUAAACUGUUCACUUCAUUUUCACUGCUCAUUUUUCUUUUCGUCUUUGUCUCAGUAAAUGUGAUUCCAGUGGUACACAAUUUAAAAACGUGACUUGUUCUACUACAGUAAUAAAUUAGUGACCAACGCACAGUUUUUGUGAAAUGUUUUAAGUGAGAUCUUCCAUUGUCCCUCUGUGAUUGUGCUGUGUUUUCAAUAAAUGGUAAUUGUUUAGAGAGCACCUUGCGUAGUUUAAAAUGACCGGAGUGCGUGUCGGGCGCGUCCCCAAGCGCAGGAACGGAGCACGUCUGAAGAGUCGGUCAGUGCUAAGAAUGAUGGCAAUAAUGCAGGACAGGAAUAGUGAGGAAGUGCCGCGGGAGUUCCUCGAGACGGGUCGCACGGGGCGACGGAACGCGAUGCCGGACAUUCUGCACCCGCAGGGCGCUGAGAUCACCACCGCCGACCUGCCAUCGAGGCUUCAACAACUCGUCACCACAGACCCGGACAUCCCCCAACCGGGGUCAUCGAAAUCCGACAUAGACCCCAACAAAGUGGACGAGACGACGGGUAAAAAGGACAGCUGUAGUUGAGCUGUCUCCGCACAGUCGCGAUGUUUCGCCGCGCUGGACUUGCCCAAAGCUAAAGUAAUCUCAAACAUGGCCCUAAUUCGCUAUGAUAUAGAAAUCCUAUCAUAUUCUUAGGCUUGAUAUAUUAUUGUAGAGAUACAGGCAACGUAGUCAAAACAGCCUCGAAGUAGAUACCUGUAUGGUCAUAACAACACAUGUAUCUGUGUGACUCGAACAUGGUAUAUUUACUGCGUUUAACCCGCGCAUAAUGAGAAUGGGUUGCGACCUUUUGGAACCAAAUCGCAGUCCGCGUGUCAGCGUAGAUUUCAUACUGUCAAUAGCGCUGUCAAAACUGAGGCAGACGAAAGUGGCUAAUUGUCUUAAUUUCAUAUAGUCGCAUUGUUAACAACGCAACAGCUUAAACAAAUAGUACAUAAACAUUGUCUACAAUCUCGAAGUGUGUGUUCAGGAAGUAAAAUGUAGGUAAACACGAAAUUGUGCAUGUGUGCGCUCAGUGCAGUAACUUUUUGUUGAUUUUGUAGAUACGUAACAUAUCUAACUAGUAUAAAAUCUUUGGGUUUCAUUCCAUUCUCAUCGCGCGCGGAUUUCAACAAAGAACGCUCGUGGCCUAAACUGUGUACCUAUUAUCCAAAUGUGGACCUAUUGAUGGUUCGACUUGGGUCUGUAGUUUGCGCCUGUUAAUUUACUGCGUUGAAGAAAUCGCUCGUGUCCCACGUCUGCGUUGCCUGUGUCUCAACAAACUUAGUGUUAAGAUAUAUUUAUAUGUACAUUCGGCAUUGUCGAUAUAUGUAUUAAAAUUGCGGAUCAAGGACUCCAUACUAUAGCUUGGAAAAUUCGUUCCUAACAUUCCCGAUGGUCCGCGCGGGCUGGGCUCGGUAGCGACGAUACGACUCGACUUCAUACCCGCGCAGUCGUUCCUUAUGCCCCCCGUCGCUCGCAUAUCAUGGGAGUGUCAUCAACAAACUUGCCUAGCUAUAGUCACUGUACCAUUGCUGUGCCGGCUGUGUGCGGCUAUUCUGAACGUCAUAACUAAUGAAUCAUGAUCAACCCCGUUCCAUGGAGGGUAGUCAUAAAAAAAACUUAUUUAAAUUUAGGGGUCGCUGCUGUGAAACUGCAUCAGUGAAAGUUUUAUGUCAAUUCUGAUAAUCAUCAUCAUCAUCAUCAUUAACAACCCAUAUUCGGCUCACUAUUGAGCACGAGUCUCCUCUCGGAAUUAAAAGGAUGAUGAACCAAAGCAAAGGUACGCAGCAAUGGAACAGUGCCUUGAGGCUUGAGGCCGGGUUCGACGUGCUACACACUUAGCCAAAGUUAUACAAGAAAUUAAAAAGUUAUAAGUAGUUUCUCGAAUGCGAGUAUAACUUUCUUUAUUUUAAACAAACUCACGGCAACACUAUGCAUCUUAGUGCGUGUUCACACUUAGACGAAUCGUUGUAUUCGACUUUAUGACGUCUUUGAAUAUCGUUAAGAUUCGCAAUACGGAUUUGUAGGCAUCAGCGGGAACCCGUGGCGUGCACACUUCAUAGAAGCGAAAAUGCACUGCCUACCUUAAGGACUAGUUACAACCCUGUAUUGGAGAAGACAUUCUCCAUUUCGUACAAUUUGUACGUACAAUGCAUACCCUAGUUAUAAACCUAGUGCACGCCACUGGCGGGAACGUAGCAGCAACUGGCGGGAGCAGUUCACGCAUCUUUAUUUUGUACUGUACUGUACUAACUAUUAAGUAUUAACGACCGCAGCUAACUUCCGACAAAUCAUAGCGUUUGAAUCGGGUUGAAACUAACUACUUACCUAAGUUUGAUUUUACCGCAAGUCUGUACCUAUUAACAGUGUUGCCAGAAGGUUACUUUUGUAACCUUUUAGGUGAUUUUUUGACUGCAUUGGUAACUUUUAGGUUACAUUAAUAAAAAGGUUACUUUUACGUGAUAUUUCGGAAUUUUUAGAAUUAACUUACAAUUUCGUAUAUCUAAAACAGAACGGUCGUUAAAUCAAGAAAUGCGGACAAAUGCUCAAGAACUCAUCGAUGUUUCUGUGUCAAUCUCACUAUAAAUGAAGACGUUACAAUUGACGUUGCGAAAUGAGCAAGUUGCAGUCACAUUGAAUUUCUUAAAAAAUCAAGUAUGAAUUUAAGAAAUUAACGUCUAUUGUUUUUUAAAUCCUUGCUCUUUAAUUGUAUUUUUCUUAUCCCAUAAGUAAAAGGCAAACAAUCAGGGCCUUAUUUAAGAUGAUUCUAUUUACGAGUAAAAUCUCCUUCGGUUUGUAGUAAUUUAGUACUUGGCUAGUAUUCGUAACAGACAGAUAUUAAAAAAAAAAAAACAAAAUUACUUUAGCCCCCAGAGGCUGAAAUGGUGGUUUAGCCAUGCUGUGGAUGUAAAAGCAAGAGUAGUAGUAGUGAAAAGGUUACUUUUUUUAAUAUUUCGGGUAACUUCUCAUAAGAUCCAACUGGCAACACUGCCUAUUAAUGCCGACCUAAGUGUGUAGCACUCUUAACAUGUGUGUUUGCUAAUGAUUUCAAUCUCAAAGAGAAUCAGGGCUUAGGUACUAAAUUAGUAUUAUUAAGCACUGAGUAAGUACCCACCUUAGUAGGUGCAUAUAAAAUAUAGUGUGUGGGAGGUACCCUACUUUGAACAAAUGUAUUGUAUAGUUAUUUACAAAAACGCAGUUUAGAAAACAUACAGUUGUACAUUAACAAUUUUGCAGAAAACGUAAAAUAUAUAUUUGUUAAUUUAAAGUUGUGUAGCAUUAUGAUUUCCCCAAAUACGUAAAUAUUUUGUAAAUAUGUUGUGGAAAACUCGGAAUUAACAUCUGAUUACUUUAAAUAAAAGUUUUUAAAUAUUUUUUCGUAUUAAAAAUCCCUAUUCAUUAUAAUAGUAGAAAAUGGAAUUAGGGUUUCUGCGUGUUUUUAUAUUUUAAUUUUAUUAAUACUAGGCAAUAUGGUAGCAGGGUGAAUGGAUAUACGCGAUAAUAUUUACAUUUUACAAAUUGUAACAUGGAUUAAAAUACUUUUGUAACGGAUUUGUUCUCCUUUAAAUAAUCGUCUAUAUACUGUUGAAUCUUUUACUGAGGCCGCGCGUAACGUGGAGAUCAGAGAAUUUGAUGUUCCAGAUAUGCCACACACAGCGAUACAAUGUGUGGCGCUAACAAAUUCACAUAUUUUAAUUCAUUUAUUUAAAGUCAAAUUAAAUUUGACAGGUCGCGAUUUUUCUGCGAUAUGAAAUGUCAGAAAUUCAUACAUAACUGUAUGGUUUGUAAACUGUUGUGUUAGUGUGAGCUAUUUUUGUCGAAUUUAUAUAUUGUUACAUUGUAUUUUGUUUAUUCAAUUAACUAUUGUAUUUUAAACAUGCAUCUCAAAUAUUUGUUAUUUUUAAGUUUUUCGCUUUUAAAGUUUAUUAUUUAUCUUUUAUGUAGUUUAAAAUAGUUACGCUUUGAAUUCAAGUGGAUUAUAGGUAUGUUAUUUGGGCCAUAAUAUAAUAUAAUUGGGCUCUUUAGUAUAGCCACAGUGGUAUAGCGGAUCGGCAAUUUACUUGGUUUUCUCUUAUCAAACAAAGGUGAAAAGACAUACGAAUCUAACAAAUAUUAUGUACUAUAAAAAUUCAGAUAAAAAUGCGUCAAUUUCUCUAAAAUGUUGAAAAAAAUAGUAAAACUUAGCUAAAGCUAUUAUUUUUUCGAAUAUGACUUAAUAAAAUAUAAUAAACAAUCUUAUAACGCAUAAUUCUUCACACAUUAAUUAUUAUUCUUAUCUCCCAAUCACGAGUUGCUUAGUUACUUAAUGAGUACAAUUUGUUUUUGUGAUUUAUAUUGAGUGAGAAUAGCACAGAUUAACGUAAUUUAGUUUUAUUUUUAAGUCGAUUGUUUUAGAGUAAAAAAAACACCAAACUACGUUUGACGUUUCGAUGUUUUUUAGAGUUCUUUGGGAUACUUUGAUACUACAGAAACAUUUUGUGUAUCACUCAAAAAGAAGUAGAAAUUUACUAUAAAACAUACUGAUGUCAAUGAAGCUUGGUCGACUUUACUUUUUGAAAGACACUGUCUUAAAGAAUGACUCAGCAGAAAUAUCUCCUUGGAUAAAAGUACAAGUUUUAGUUUUGCCUUGGAUGCUUAGUUUAUAAAACUCAGCGUCGUACAAACUGAAUGAUCGUCCAACGGGUACCUAAAUGUAGGUAAAAUUAAAAAAAAUUAGGGUAUCGUAAGAUAAUUUUAAAAUCUUUGGGUCUUUUAUCUACUUUCGAAAUAAAAUUCGCCCUAUUACGACUAUAAACUUGCCUUGAUAUCUUUCUAACAUCGAAAUGUGUCGUCAAUUUUUCGAUGUCUCGUUCGUUAUAAUAUGUAUUACGUAUAACAUCGAUUGAUUCGAUCAAUUAAUCGAUAUGCUAAUAUAGUGUUAUUUCGAUGUUAAUGUAAAUGUACAAAGUUAGCUUAGCUAUUAGAAACUGAUUAGACUAGGAGUUUAUUUAUUUGUAACAUACAAAAAUUAAAAAUGACUCCAUCAAGUAAUAAUAUAAACAAAUAAUUCUAGAUGUAGAGUAGUCAUGCGAAGGUCUAUGACCGCUCGUCCGGGUGGUGGGUAUGCGUAGAACUUUGAAAUCUAGUGCUAGUGCUAUGACGAAGUUUUCUUAAACUCGCAAGAGCGAGUUUAGAAUUCACCUCUCUUUUUCAUUUUACAGUAUCGUGUUAGACAGAGAGAGAUAGAGGAGAAUUCGAAACUCGCACUAGCUAGUUACGAAAACAUCGUUACAGAAUAGCGCUGCUGGCUACUGACUGACUUCCACUUUCGUGAGCGACCAUAAACCUUCGCGCGGCGUAUACAUUCGCACAAUAAAAUAAAUGCGAUUAUUUUUGUGUAUAAGUUUGUAAGUACACAGAAAACAGUGUUGAAAUUAAUUAAUUCAAAACUCCAUUGCCACUUACAUCUAGUGAUAUUGAAUCAAGCGAGUUUUUGAGAGAUAACUUAAAAAUGAUCAUUUAUAAAAAAAAUUACGUUCUUAUUAAAAUGUUUGGCACUGAUACGCAAAUAAAAUAUAUCACGCAUAACGGUUUAUUAGGUAUUAUGUAUGAUUUAGUCACAAUAUUAUAUUUUAUUUAGUUUAAAUGACAAUUAAAACAAUUAUAAAUUUCUUAUAUCUAUCUCGAAUUAGUAUAAAAUAUGUAGUGUGUGUAUGAUAAAAUUGCGUAGUAAUAUAAGUUUUUGUACGUUUUGUAUAAUGCCAAUAAUAGGUACAAUUUAUGCUUGAAAUAAACAUAAUAUAAGGAACCUAAAAUUUUAACCCUUAUUAACAUCUAUUCUCUAUGGUCAGCUAAAUGUCUGUAAAACAAAUACAAUGAACAAACAGCUAGGUUAGUAUGAAAAUUUAUUCGGAAUGAAUUAUUAUUGUCUAUUUCUUCGUGUAUUGUUCAAAAUUCAGAUCGCAAAAAAAUUGCUUUCACAUAUAUCUGUCAGGCUGUGUAUUGCCCCCAUAGAUAGUGUAUACCUAUUUUUAAGCUCGCAGAAAUAUUUAGAACAUAGAGAAUAGAUAUUAAACUUCUCUUAUUUAUGUGUAGGUAAUCAAUAAAUAAAAUGCCUGUCGGGUCUAGCCAUAGGUCAAUUAUUAUCUACAUAACGUUUCGCCAUUAUUUAUUUUGUUACUAUCAGUCAGUCAGGCACUUGUAGUCUUGUAUGCUGCAACACAGCGACAUGCACUUCAUAGAUGCAAAUGCGUCGCCUUCUCUGAAAACUCAAUACGAACCUACAAUAGAUAUAUAAUUUUGUAUCAGCGUAUAAUGUAUACCAUACCCUAGUUAAAAAUUUGUCCAUGCCGCUGUGCUACAGUAAAGAAACAAGAUGUUCUUGGACAAAUUUCAUUUAAUAUCUAUGACUCGUAAUAUAACAUAAAUGUAGCUUUGCUAUAUUAUAUAAAUUGUGUAAAUGUGUUGAGACUAACAGUCAAAGUAACCUUAUAUUAUAAAGUCUAUUAUUAUCUGCAAUAGAUGUUAGUAAUUUUACAUUGAAACAAUAUAAGUUGGAAACUAAAUUAUUAUCAGUCCAUCGCAAUACAUUAACUACUGAAUUAUAACCAUUAUACUUAAAAUUAUUUACCUGCCUAGGAAUAUCUAUUUAAUUGAUCUCUGUUAUUAAAUUUUGUUUCUGUAAUAAUUAUUAUAGUAUGUAGUCUUGUUAUUGUCAUAUCGGGCUGUGUAAAUAAAUAAUACAUACUAAA